AUGCAGUCGCACGAUCCGCGCUACGCCCCACCCGGCCGCGCGCCUUACCAGGGACCUCCAAGCGCCGCAAUGGCCGGUCCUCAACCCCCGAGCGGUCCGCCGAUGCAACGCCCUAUGCCGCCUGGACAACCGCCGCAGCAACACGGACGCCCAAUGCCUCGCCCACAACAACGUCCGAUGCCGCCACAGGCGUACUCUGGCACGGGGCAGUCGAUUCCGCAGCAGCCCGGCAUGUACGGCGCUCCACCCCCGAAUCAGCAGCCGAACGGCCACAUGUCUCGUGGAAUGCCGCAAGCUCAGCAACCCCCCAUUCCGCAACCAGCCCGCCCGAUGUAUCAGCCGCCAUCAGGACCUGGUGUUCGCCCUCCCUACCCUGGAUCCGCUGCUGCCGCAAUGCCCCCCCAACAAGUACCUGGCCAGCCGCCACAGCAAAUGGGAGGAUAUCCGCAACCAAUGCGACCUGGAUAUCCAUCUCCUCCGACUACCGCCAGUCCCCCUGGUCCAAGAUCGGUACCAGGACCGGGAUCGUAUGGCGCCCCCCCACCACAAGGAGCUGCUAUCGGCGGCUAUGCACCGCCUCGUCCUGGCACAGGCAUGCGUCCGGUUCCUCCCACAGGCUCAGCACGUCCGGUUCCUCCCGGCUACACCAACCCUGCGGCACCGCAGCCGAAUGGCGCUUUGCCGUAUCCACCUGCGCAACAGGAAGCUCAACCAACCCAAGCACCGCAGCAAAAGAUUCAACCCGCGUCCAUGCCACGACCUUGCGCUUUGGAGAAACCUGUUGGAACUCCUAGAGACUACUAUCACAGAGGGAUGUCACUUGGCGCAUCCAGUGGAUCUAUGCCGAUUUUGCCUAAUAGCAACUCUGACGUCAUCACUGUCGACGAUGGUAGCGCCAGACUGCGUUUCAUGCGCAUGACUACCAACUCAAUUGGGUCUGAGCCUAGCCUCAUGUCCAAGAGUGGAGUCCCACUAGCGGUUGUUAUGCAGCCCUUCGCAAAUACCGUCCCUGGAGAGGCCCCAGUGCCUGUCGUUGAUUUUUCGAAUCCCCAUGUCGGUGGACCGCUCAGAUGCGAGAGAUGCUAUGGCUACGCUAACCCGGGCUUCAAAUUUAUGAGCGGUGGUUCUCAGUUCCAAUGCAAUCUAUGCUACCACACUAACACCACUCCGACUGAGCAUUUUUCUGCCAUAUCACCAGCGACGGGUCAGCGCAUGGACGCUGACACACGGCAUGAACUGCGCGUAGGGUCUGUGGACUACAUCGUAGGCUCAAAAGAUUACCUUAGUAGACCACCGAAGCCAGCAUGUUACCUCUUUGCUAUCGAUGUUUCGCAUGGAGCAGUUGCGUCUGGACUCGCGUCGGCUGCCAUGAUGUCCAUCAAGUCUGUCAUUGGCGCCGGACUGCUUCCAGGAAGCAGAGAGGGAGCGCGAGUUGCAAUAAUGACUUUCGACAAGACUUUACAUUUCUUCGAUGGCCGCGGCGCUGAUGAAGGGAAGACGGUCACGGUGCAGUACGUUCCUGACGUGAUGGACCCAUUCGUGCCCACAGGAGGCGGUGGGCUCUUCCUUACACCGGCGCAGGCGAUCGUCGCGGUUGACACAGCGAGGGAGACACAUGGCCUUGAUGCUGGGCAACAAAACCCGAACGCAACUGUGAAGGCAACGUCUGCUGAAAGUGCGUUAGGAUCGGCCCUUGAAGUGAUCAAGAAGGCAUUUACUGAUUGCGGUGGAAAAGCGUACGUUGUGGCAGGAUCACUGCCAACCGUUGGCGUUUCAAAGCUAGAACGACGAGGGGGUGGUGCUGCAGGAGGAGGAGAGGACCGCGAAAUGGGACUCCUGAAAGAGGCAUUCCCCAACUACGAAAUUCUAGGAUGUGAGCUCGCGGACGUUCAGGCCAGCGUCGAUUUGUUCCUUGCUCCUUCCUCGGUGUACAUUGAUGCCGCGACGUUGUCAAGAGUACCAAGGGCCUGUGGAGGUCGCAUGCAUCUUUUCCAGGGCUUCGACCCGGUGCGCGACGGAGCCAGCUUGCAUCGCGCGUUGUGUGCGGCCGCAAGCGGACCACGUGCGUUCGAAUCUCUUUUGCGAGUAAGAACGUCCCCUGGCUUAGAGGCUCGUGGUGAGUUUAUUGGUCACUUUGGGCGACCACAGCGAGGCGAUGACGUUGCAGGACCGGUGUUUGAUGCGGACUCCACGUUGGUGCUUGAGCUCAACGUCACCUCAAAACUUUCUGAAGAUGACCGGGGCUCCCAAAACCGACCGUAUGCUGGGACGGCAUCGCUCUAUGAUGAUGCGUGUGUACAAUGUGCCAUCCUAUUCACAGAUUGUGCGGGACGACGCCGGAUUCGAGUGCACACACAGUUCGCGAGCAAAACUACUGUACUACAAGAAGUAUUCCGGCAUGCUGAUGUUGACGCACUUGGAUCUUUCCUCAGCAAGAAGGCCGCGUCUGCCGCGUUGGUUGGGGGAACAGCAUUCUCAAAGGCAUGCCAAGCUCUUACCGAGAAGACUGCACAAAUGUUGUACGUGUAUAGGAAACACUGUACAACGCAAUCUCUGAGUGGGCAGUUAAUUCUUCCGGAAGCCUUAAAAGUAUUGCCGCUGCUGAUACUUGGCCUAACCAAGUCGGCGGCUUUCCGCAAGUCUUCUAUCUCGAUGCAAUCUGGGGAUGCGGUCACUGCAGAUGAAAGAGCAGGCUCACUUUCAUUUCUUAUAAGUGGAACAGCGGCAGACGUGGUGGCUAUGUGUUACCCACGUAUGUACGAAAUUCAGGAUCUGCCAGAAGAAGCUGGGGUACCCCUGCCACCCCCUGCCAACCCGAUCGUGAGCAACGGAGGAGCAAUGGGUAAAGGACCAGACGGGAGCGCAGAACCGAUUGCUAUGCCUAAUACGCUACCUCUGAGCUCUGAAUCGCUCACGGAAAAGAGAAUACUUUUGAUCGAGAAUGGUAUGCAAAUGGUGGUUUGGCUGGGGUCGAUGGUGGAGAAGUCGGCAGCCCAAGACGUAGUUGCACAGGUAGGCGGAGGCCGAUUGCUGAUCCGAGCCGAAACAGCUGGUUCGGGGACUUUGACAAAAGGCUUGGGCGAGAAUGGAAAGCGUGUGAGCAAAGUGAUAGAACGGAUAUGUCAGCAGCGAAACAGACUAUCGCGACCGCAGGUCGUGCUUCGCAACGCACCAGGGGCUGGUGGAGAGGGCAAGUUUGUAAUGCCAUUGCUUGUGGAGGACAGAAACGCCGGGACGCAUAGUUACGUAGAGUACUUGCGGCACGUGCAUAAGCGAGUGAUGGAGAAGAUGGCCAACGACACUGCGCAGAGCGAUAUGCAGACUUGGGAAAUGUUGAACCACGGAUAUUAGUUAGAGGACAUACGUAGUGGUACGAGUGUAUGGUAUAGGUACUCAGCGGAAAGUGCGGAACAUUCCGUCAGUAAAGCAAGGGCUUGAUGAGCGCGAGUCUCGAGAGAGGAUUUGUUAUCGGCUGUGGAAGCUUGAUAUGA